CGCUCGGAGCCGCGCACGCUCCGAUCCGCGCACGGUUCUCUUCAGUCCUGUUUUCGUUUUCGUUUUCGUCUCUGUUGCCCGUCGCACACCGCGAUACCAAGUGAUCAAGAUUACAGGAUUACAUACUUUGUUUCUUAUUCCGUUCUCGCGCACACGUGCCGAACGACCGUGCACAGCAGAGGAAUAAUAACCAGUGUCCGAAGAGACGAUUGUGAACCAGGAAGUGAAGUGAUGGCACAAGUAAUGCAGUAUCAACAGAUGUGCAUGCCGACGAUGUCGCCGAUGCCAGGCAUGACGCCGAUGUCCGGCCUCUCGAUGCCGAUGCAUCAGUCCGCCGCGAUGGAUUACGGCGGUCCGGGUAUUCACUAUCAGCCUUACAAUCCGACGUUAAGCAGUCAUCAUCUGCAAGCCAGCCAGCCGAGUUACUGGUAUCCCGGAUCGACCAGUCACAGUCAAAUUACCGAGCCACUGACGCCGCCGGCCUACACGAUGCCGACUGUGCCAACCAGCACAACCUCGUGGGCGACGCAAACUCAUCUCGCCCAAACCCAAUUCACGACCAUCUCGGCGAUUCAGCACUAUUCCUUGCCGCCGAGUCCCGCCGAGCUUCCACCGAGUCCUCAGGAUCACUCUUACCAAUGGCCGCUUACGCCACCGGCGGACCAUCAUCUUCUGGUCGCGGAGGAGCCCGGUAAAUCCGGCAGGAAGUGCACGAGAUGUCGAUGUCCAAACUGCCAAACGGACAACGGCGUUCACUUGGGCGUCGACGGGAAGAGACAGCACAUAUGCCACGUGCCUGGUUGCGGCAAAGUGUACGGCAAAACCUCUCAUCUAAAGGCGCAUCUGAGAUCGCACACCGGCGAACGACCCUUCGUCUGCCACUGGCUGUUCUGCGGCAAAAGGUUCACCAGGAGCGACGAGUUGCAACGUCAUCUGCGAACGCACACCGGCGAGAAGAGAUUCGCCUGUCCCGCGUGCGGCAAACGGUUCAUGAGGAGCGAUCAUCUGACCAAACACGUGAAAACCCACGAGAACCAGAAGAGAAAAAGUUCCGCGAUCAAGAAGGAGUCUAACAAGGAGAACUCGCUGCCAUCGGUGCCCGCGCAAAACGCGUAUCCGCCGAUAGGCGGCCAGUACACCGUAAUCUAG